AGAGUCAAUGGCUCCUCCUGCCAGAAAGAGACGGAGCGGAGUGAGAGGAGUGUAGGGGGGAUCUUUAACAACAACAACAAAAUUAACACCGAUAAAAUAACCAAACCCCGGCACCGUGGACGGGGGGGGAGGGAGUUUUUUUUUUUUUGUUUUCUUUUUUUGCACUGGGGGGGAUUAUUUUUUUAGGGGUUUGGACUAUUGGUUUGCUGGCGCAAGAAUUUAAGAGGACGGAGGGCUCCAUCUAUUUAUUUUUCAAAUAAUAAACUCCCCAAAUGAACUCCGUCAGAGCAGCGAACAGAAGACACAGGCGAGUGUCGAGGCCGCGCCCGGUACAGCCCGAGAGAAACAACGGAGAAAGAGAUGAGGAUGUCCCAGCAGAUAUGGUUGCAGAAGAAUCAGGUGCUGGUGCGCAAAAUAGUCCUUACCAACUCCGUCGCAAAUCUCUUUUACCAAAACGAACAGCUUGCCCUGCAAAAAACAUGGAGGGUGCUUCCACAUCUACUACAGAAAACUUCAGCCAUCGAGCGAAACGUCCUAGAUUAUCAGGAAAGUCCCUGGACCUUCCAGUUGCACCAGCCGAACAGUAUCUCCAGGAAAAACUCCCUGAUGAGGUUGUUUUAAAAAUCUUUUCCUACCUGCUAGAACAAGAUCUUUGUCGGGCAGCUUGUGUCUGUAAACGCUUCAGUGAAUUAGCAAAUGACCCAAUUUUGUGGAAAAGGCUGUACAUGGAAGUGUUUGAAUAUACACGUCCCAUGAUGCAUCCAGAAUCUGGCAAAUUCUACCAGAUCAAUCCAGAAGAAUAUGAAAAUCCCAAUCCCUGGAAGGAGAGCUUUCAGCAGCUGUAUAAAGGAGCACAUGUGAAACCAGGCUUUGCAGAGCAUUUUUAUGGUAACCCUGCAAGAUAUAAAGGGCGGGAAAAUAUGCUUUACUAUGACACAAUUGAAGAUGCUCUGGGAGGAGUGCAGGAAGCUCACUUUGAUGGUCUAAUAUUUGUUCAUUCUGGGAUCUACACAGAUGAGUGGAUUUACAUAGAGUCCCCAAUCACUAUGAUUGGUGCUGCACCCGGAAAAGUAGCUGAUAAAGUCAUUAUUGAAAACACUAGAGACUCAACAUUUGUAUUUAUGGAGGGAUCUGAGGAUGCUUAUGUUGGUUACAUGACUAUCAGGUUCAAUCCAGAUGACAAAUCUGCCCAACACCAUAAUGCACACCACUGCCUAGAGAUAACUGUAAAUUGCAGUCCAAUAAUAGAUCAUGGGAUCAUCAGGAGUACGUGCACGGUGGGCUCAGCAGUUUGUGUCAGCGGUCAGGGAGCUUGCCCCACGAUUAAACACUGCAACAUAAGUGACUGUGAAAAUGUUGGAUUGUACAUAACAGAUCAUGCCCAGGGCAUUUAUGAAGAUAAUGAGAUCUCUAAUAAUGCUUUAGCUGGAAUUUGGGUGAAAAACCACGGUAAUCCAAUCAUUAGAAGGAAUCACAUUCACCAUGGACGUGAUGUUGGUGUUUUCACAUUUGAUCAUGGCAUGGGUUAUUUUGAAAGCUGUAACAUACACAGGAAUCGAAUUGCUGGAUUUGAAGUGAAAGCCUAUGCCAACCCUACUGUAGUUCGGUGUGAGAUCCACCAUGGGCAGACUGGAGGGAUCUAUGUCCAUGAAAAAGGAAGAGGGCAGUUCAUAGAAAAUAAAAUCUCUGCAAAUAAUUUUGCUGGUGUUUGGAUAACUUCAAAUAGUGAUCCCACAAUCAGGGGCAAUGCCAUUUUCAAUGGCAAUCAAGGUGGUGUAUAUAUAUUUGGAGAUGGAAGAGGCCUUAUAGAGGGAAAUGACAUUUAUGGCAAUGCAUUAGCUGGCAUUCAGAUCAGGACAAACAGUUGCCCUAUUGUCCGCCACAACAAAAUACAUGAUGGACAGCAUGGAGGUAUUUAUGUGCAUGAAAAGGGACAAGGUGUAAUUGAAGAGAAUGAAGUGUACUGCAAUACUUUGGCUGGUGUUUGGGUUACAACUGGGAGCACGCCAGUGCUAAGGAGAAACAGAAUACACAGUGGAAAACAGGUGGGUGUUUACUUCUAUGACAAUGGCCAUGGAGUACUGGAAGAUAAUGACAUCUAUAAUCACAUGUAUUCAGGUGUUCAGAUAAGAACUGGAAGUAAUCCUAAAAUCAGACGGAAUAAAAUUUGGGGAGGUCAAAAUGGUGGAAUUUUAGUUUACAAUUCUGGAUUAGGAUUUAUAGAGGACAAUGAGAUUUUUGAUAAUGCAAUGGCAGGUGUGUGGAUUAAAACUGACAGUAACCCAACGCUAAGAAGAAAUAAAAUUCACGAUGGAAGAGAUGGAGGAAUAUGCAUAUUUAAUGGUGGCAGAGGGCUCCUUGAAGAAAAUGAUAUCUUUCGAAAUGCUCAAGCUGGAGUGCUCAUUAGCACAAAUAGCCAUCCCAUAUUACGCAAGAAUAGAAUAUUUGAUGGCUUUGCAGCAGGAAUUGAAAUAACUAACCAUGCCACCGCAACACUUGAAGGCAAUCAAAUUUUUAACAACCGUUUUGGUGGUUUAUUUCUAGCAUCGGGGGUGAACGUCACUAUGAAAGAUAACAAAAUUAUGAACAAUCAAGAUGCCAUAGAGAAAGCAGUCAGCAGAGGUCAGUGCCUGUACAAGAUUUCCAGUUAUACCAGUUACCCAAUGCAUGACUUUUAUCGGUGUCACACUUGUAACACAACAGACCGCAAUGCAAUUUGUGUGAAUUGUAUCAAGAAGUGUCAUCAAGGACAUGAUGUAGAGUUUAUUAGACAUGAUAGAUUUUUCUGUGACUGUGGUGCUGGAACACUUUCAAACCCUUGCACGUUAGCCGGAGAGCCGACACACGAUACAGACACGCUCUACGACUCUGCGCCACCUAUAGAAUCCAAUACGUUGCAACACAACUGAACUUUGUUAAAAAGGAAAAAAAAAAAGACAAGAACAGCUUCUGCCAUUCUAGUUAGCAACUCCCAUCCAUUUCAAGACAAAAAAAAGGGGGACGGGGUGGGAGGGGGGAAAACCAAAACUGCCCACUUUUAAAGAGAAACUGCAUUGAGGUCUGCAGAUCCGGUACAGAACACGUUUGUGGAGUCUUGUUUCCAGCUUUUUGAAGGAUGACUGAAAGAAGCAAUAUGUUGACUCAGGAUUAAAUAAAGGAAGUUUGGGUUUAUCUUACUGUAUUCAAAAAAAAAAAGAGACUUUCCCCAAAGGAAUGGCAGUAGGACUGUCGCAGUUCUGUACAGAUCCGUCAGAAGAGCUGGUGUUUUAUACAAGCAGCGUCAAGCCAUAUUCCACCUGACGGGAGAAGCCGUCGAUUUCUUCCGAAACUAUGGAGCUAUGGGCAGAGACUGCAUUGUUAUAUAUGUAUGGUAAAAUGUGAUCUAGCACUUCUUGCUUUUUUGAUUUUUAACAUGUAUUCAGAUUGAGAAAUAUGAUUUUAAUGCUUUCUCAUGUAGUUUUGUAUUUUCAAGCAAAAAUCUUAUUGUACUUGAAUGUUUUUUUUUGUUAGCACACCCUAGUCUUGCUGUAAUUGUACUCAUGUCCCAGUAUAUAAAUUCUUUCUGUGAAAGAGAAAAACAAAACACUAAAUUACCUCCAGCAAUGUUCCUGGUUUUAAUAAGAAUGUGUUUAAACAGGAAACAAAAAGGUAGUGUUUUCAUGAGACCGGACAUUUUAAUAUUGCAGGUCUCUUGGUUUGUUAAGGGUUUUAUUUAUAUGUAGGCUCUCAGUUAACAUUUAUUGAUUCUAUGUACAGUAGGAUCCUGCUCUGUAACUCUUAAGGACUACAUCCUAAUAAAGGGGAUAGAUGCCA